GAAGGAGGAGGGCGCCGCGAAAAGAGAAAGCACUUCCGGCGGUGCCCCAGCCUUCGUGUGAGGAGCCGGGGCUCCAGAGUCGCGGCUGUGCGGACGUCAUGUUCCUGACCGCGCUGUUGCGCCGCAACCGCAUUCCCGGCCGGCAGUGGAUCGGGAAGCACCGGCGCCCGCGUUCCGUGUCCUUCAACGGGAAGCAGAACACAAUCCGCCGCCUGGAGAUGGAGGCAGAGAACCACUAUUGGCUGAGCACACCCUUCCUUACUGCGGCACAGGAGUUCGGGCACGCUGCGGCCCGUAGAGCAGCUGCCUUCCAGGCCUUAAAGGCGGCUGGCGAGGCCAAGUUCCCGCAGCACAGGCUGCUGGUCGACCAGCUCAGCCACCUCAGUGUUACCAAGAAGUGGCCCUAACACGGAGUUGCUGCCCCUCAUCGCGGGAACCGGAACAGCUAGAAAGAUAGGACCUUUGGACUAGAUCUAUGAGCAGAAAACCGCGAGCAGAACACCUGGGCUUCAGGCUCCAGCUUCCUGUCUGUUGUGUACGUGUUUCUGUUUCUAAAAGUGCGUGUGACUCUUUCCCAGGGGUCAUGGUGUUGUAAGAUGUAUUCUGGGUGACUGCUGUGAUAAAUAUACAAAGUGUGGUUUGAGGCCUGUGUAUGACACCGAAUACUUGCAUUUCAUGCAAAUGAAAACAAGCUUUGUCAGUCAAACAUA